UUAAGGUGGCAGAAUUGGCCAGUGAAAAUAAAGCCUUGACUCGGUCACUAACUCCUCACUUAACUCUGCUCUCUACUUCCGAUGAUUCAAGUUUUAAUCAAUUUUCUCGUUAAACAUCUUUCAGAAAAGAGAAAGAAGCCACGCGCAUUUCCUUUGCUUUUUUGAAAAAGAAAACUCUCUCCACUUUUGUAUUCUCUCCCCAAAUUCAAAUUCCAUAGUUUUUAUCGCCCAGGUCAGUUUGUCUUCCAUGUCUUCUACUUACUCCGAUUCUGCUGCUCUUUAUGCCUUUUCUCGCUUCCGUCGUUUUUGUUUUCAUCAGCAACAAAAUGCCUGAGAUUCAGUUGGGUUCUCACACUGUAAGAUCACAUGGAGUCAAACUUGCCAGGAAACAUAUGCAUGACUGGCUGAUUCUUUUGUUUCUUGUGGUGAUAGAUGUCAUUUUGAAUGUUAUAGAACCAUUUCACCGAUUUGUUGGGAGAGAUGAGAUGACAGACCUGUCUUACCCACUGAAAGAUAAUACAGUUCCCUUCUGGGCUGUUCCAAUUUUUGGGAUAUUGCUGCCUUUUGCCAUCAUUAUUGCUUAUUACUUCAUCAGAAAGGAUGUCUAUGAUCUGCACCAUGCCAUUCUGGGCCUUCUAUUUUCUGUGCUGAUCACUGGAGUUAUAACCGAUGCGAUUAAAGUUGCUGUUGGCCGUCCUAGACCUGAUUUCUUUUGGCGUUGUUUCCCAGAUGGCAAGGGGUUGUUUGACAAUAUCACAACCAAUGUUAUGUGUACGGGAGUGAAGAGUGUCAUCAAGGAAGGGCACAAAAGUUUCCCUAGCGGACACACUUCUUGGUCCUUUGCAGGUCUUGGUUUCCUGUCAUGGUACUUAUCUGGGAAAAUCAGGGCUUUUGAUCGUAGGGGCCACAUAGCAAAGCUUUGUGUUAUUGUCUUCCCAUUACUUGUUGCAGCUCUUGUAGGAAUUUCUCGAGUAGAUGACUACUGGCAUCAUUGGCAGGAUGUGUUUGCUGGGGGUCUUAUAGGGCUGACAGUUGCUUCAUUUUGUUACUUGCAAUUCUUCCCACCCCCAUACGAUAUAGAUGGCUGGGGACCUCAUGCAUACUUUCAGAUGUUAGCAGAAUCGCGGAAUGGUGCUCAGACUUCUGAUAACACCAAUUUUCUUAAUGGGCGGCAACCAGAGCUUCAGACUGUAUGUAUUGAUUCUCAACAUCAGAGUGUCACUGACAGGGACACAAACCCCAUUCUGGAACAAAACAGAGGUGAGAGGAGACGCUAACUUCAGGUUUUGGCCAUACCAGAUGUACAUACCAUGUAAACUCGGUAGAAUGUGUUUCUUCUCAUCACCUAGACAUCCACACUUGCAAAUGUUUUACUUUGUUAAAUUCUGAACCUGGUUUUUUUUUAGUUUGAUUCAUUGAUUGAAUUUAAUCACUUAGCUGGUCAUAUUUUAUAUUUCAAGAGUGGGCAUAUUUUACCUGA